UGUUAAUGUGUCCAAUAUCAAGUAUCUGCAAGUGGAUGUAACGUAAAAGUGGCUGUGAGACACACUGUUGCUACCUGAAACUGUGUGUGUGUGUGUGUGCUUCAUAACUUGUAACUAGCGCAUAAUAGGGCCCCUCAUAAUAGCGCCCACUAAAAUGCAAUACGAGCAUGAUAUUGGCUAUAUAACCAUUGAUUUAUAAAGUUUUUGUUUUGCUUUGGAUGUCAUAAAAACGUCAGUGUGUGCACUUUUCCUGUGUGGCCUUAAAUUAUAUGCUGGCUCCUUAAAAUGGCGCUCAGUCAUCAAAACUUUGAGCUCCCCUGAUCUAAGAUUUGUGGUUUAAAAUGCUCUUAAAUGGUCAGUUUCAAAAUGUCUUCACCCAGACCUCCCUGGAGGGUUGGGUUGCAGGAGGGGUUGAUUAAAAAUGGUUCGCCCUUACCCCCAUAAAAAGGGAUUGCGGCUCUGCUUUACACAUAAAACGUAUACUUGGAAGGUCCUUUUCGGAAAUAAAAAAAACAUUUUAGGGCAUCUUCUCAACUGUAAGAGCUGUGUGUUGGUCUGAUUUCAAAGCGAGCUUACAGUAGUGUAAGGUUUGAGACUGAAAUGUAACAAAUUUAAUAAUGAAUUGGUAUUAUUAAUAUCGUUAACUCUCAUGGACAUGUCCUCUCACUUGUGUUAUCGGAAUAACUGGAUACUUACAAUCAAUAUAUUCCAGUAAACAUGGCAAAACGCAGGCCUGGGAUAUUGAUCUGACAAAGAUGAUACAAUAAUGGAUGCAAAGGCUACUACAUAGUACGCAUGGUGUCAGUAAUCCUCUUGGAUUAAUAGAGAAACAUUAAUAAAUAUACAUAAAGGUGAGAUCUGUCACAGAGGAAAUUUCAAGAGCACACAGGAAUGAUUCAAGUGACAUCAGCACGCCUGAGUAAUGGCCCCACCCAGUGGAGAGAUGUGGUAACGACAGGAAAGUUCCUGAAGACUCUGGAGCUCCUCCAGUGAGAAUAUAAAAGCUGGGACAGCCCCACUGCUGAGACAGAAAGCAACACACACUUAAGCAAGAGGACUCAACACUGAACACACACUGAGGAUGCUGUGCUCUCAUGGACACCACUCAACCCUCUGGCCUGUACGCGUCCUGUGGCCAGAGGUCAGACCCCUGCUCGACCCGCAGGAUCUACUGCAGAGAAACCUACAGGAGCUCCGCAGCAGUCUGGAGCUGAUGGACAAACUUCAACACAAGAUCCAGGAGCAGACAGAGCCUUUCCAAACCAGCAUGGCCGUGCAGCUGGAGGAAGAGGGAGAGCACUUCGGCCUGACCCUGGACACUCGAGGCUUUUCCCCAGAGGAGCUGUCUGUCAGACAGGAGGGCAGGAAGCUGAGAGUCAGCGGGAAGACAGAGAAGAAGCAGGAGGACGGGAAAGGCUCCUACUCUUACAGACUCCAGGAGUUCAGACAGGAGUUCGAUCUGCCCCAAGGAUCCAACCCUGAAGCUGUCACCUGCUGCCUGGCUCCAGACGGGAAGCUCCACAUCCAGGCAGCCAAAGCUCCAUGUGUACAGGAGGCCGAGAGAGAGCUGACUAUCAAGAGGAGCUCGGAGGAGGAAACACACACAGACGACAGCAGCACACAGGGCACACCUGGAAACAUGGACUCACGUGCAUGAUGUUGAACUUGUGUAGAUUAACUUUCAAUAAAAUGAUUGAAUUAUAAUCAUAUAAGCUUUUGUAUACAUGAAAAUGUUUAACAGAUAGAUUAAAAAGUUGAUUCAUAUUCUCCACUCUCUUUUGUCUGAGCUGGUGACAAAUAAACAUCUCGAAACAAUGAAACAACACACCACCUUCAGUUAUUAUCAGUCAUCACAGGGAGUGUUUAUAU